AUGGAGCUAUUCGCGUCUCGUCAGGAUGCCCAGCACGCCAUGUGGCCCAUCUACACCUCGUACACCAUCGCCCCUCGACCAAAGAUGUGGAACUCGGUCGCCCUUGGUGGGGGCAACCUGCUCUGUGAAUUCAAUCCAAGUGCUGCCACAAGCAAGAUUCCUGGCCUCUCGUUCAGUUCCGGGGGCUCGUGCGGAUUGAACUUGCAGGAAUUUAUCAUCGGGGACACGAAAACAAUCAUGACGGCUCUCGUCGCUGUCAAGAACGUAAGUGUAUCCGCUGUGGCACGUCUUGAAUUCAGAAACCCCACCAGCACCCUCGCUGCCCUCGAAGCCUCUGUAGCGUUUCUGCAUACCUACUUCGACCCGGCCUUGGCCACGACAUUUUAUACCCAAGCGCAGAUUGUCAAAGCGGUUGUUCGAGAUCAACUGCACGUUCAGAUGAUCCAAUUUAUCCGCCCAAACCAGACGUUUUCGCUCAGCCAAAUGACCCUUUUCGGUGAGACAGAGGUCGAUUUUGAAGUGUAUGCGUGGCUGUAUGCAUUUGAUUGGGUCCAGGGGGUGCGGGAGGUCGUGUCGUUUCAAGGUGACAACGGUACAUUGACGCUGUUGUCCAUGGGGACAAACCCGUUGGAUGCCCCCGUGAACCCCAUGGAAGUGCCAUCCAACGUCGCGUACUACCUCCGGUACUUGGUUCAGUACAUUACCCUGGUCAUGUUUUGUGUGGCCAGCGUCGUGUGCGUCUACAUCAUCGCGUUGAAAGGGCAAGUUGAAGCGGCAAACAUGAUGGUGUUUAGCCGCAUUGCUGGCCUCGUGUGGAUUGGUCGGUGGCUCAUCUUCCUUCGUGCCCUUAGUGCAGUUUGCCUCUUGGCCACGUCCACGUUGGUGCUCAAGAGACCACUGGAUGGGCUUGUGUCGUACUUUGAAUCGGUACAACGGCCUUGGUACAUGGUCAUACUGGCCGCGGGUGAGCUCAAUUGGAUGGUGUACAUCGUCAAUGAUGUGUUUUCAGUCGCGACCAAGGCGUUUACGGCCAAAUAUGCGAAUACGAGCUACUUUGUCACGUGGAUUGCGUCGGCCGUGUGGGUGUUUGUAGCACCCCCCAGUCAAUCGGUAACCCUGGACCGGAAUUGCACCGUGGUAACCGUGGACUUUGAGGUCGUGUGCCACAGUGGCGUCGUAGAAAUUGGCAGCGUGCGUCACUUUUGCAGCCUGCUUGCGUUGGUGUUUGGGUGCUGCGGCUUGUGCUACGCGGCGGAACGGUGUCGGCAUUGGAAACAUGGGACGAAACCUCCGCAGCCGCAUGCUUCGUUGCUCCUCUAUGCAGCCGCCAAGCAUCAGUUCUCGUCCACCAACUGGGAUCACAUGGGCACUCGGUACUUGGACAAGGCCUCUGCCGUCCUCACGGGUAUUUUGACCGUAGAAAUGCACGGGGCACUGUACGUGUUUGACACCAAGUCGUGGCGGGUGUAUGUGAUAUGGAUUCAAGACAUGAAUGGACAAUGUUCACAACCCCCCAUGCACCUUCAACAUGCACUUCCGUUGGUGGAGUGAGGGGGUGAUACGAGCACAUUUCACCUCACUCAAAAAGUAACAACUAUUAAUACUACUUCAGAAGUACUAUUAAUACAGUGCGAUGCAAAAGGUUAUAACCAC